AUGGGAAUCAGCGCGAGCAUGGGGAAAAUCUGCGAUUCGGGGAAACGCCGCUCGGAAAAGCGCGGUAACGCCGAGCCAGAUCGAUUGCCAAAUUCGCCAGGAGAACCGAAUCCAAAUCCAGGAAAAAAUAUGGAUAGAGAUCGAGUAGGCAUGUGGGGAAGCGGGGACUCCUCCGUGGUGCCCGGAACCGUCUCCGGAUUGGACAGAUUGAGAUUGCCCGGUGUAAAUAAGGGCCUGGCCUUCUCCUUCGAAGAACGCCAGAAACUCGGCAUCCACGGCCUACUGCCGCCCGUCGUCAAAACCCAACAACAACAGAUCGAACAUUGCAAGAUGUGCCUCGACAGGCUCGACGACAACCUCAACAAAUACCUCUAUUUAAUGGGACUACUAGAUCGCAACGAGAAAUUGUUCUACGCCUUCGUACGCCGAUACGUGCACGACAUCAUGCCGCUGGUGUACACUCCCGUAGUAGGCCUGGCCUGCCAGAACUUCGGGCUGGUGUACCGAAGACCCCGAGGCCUCUACGUCACCGUCUACGACAAAGGACACGUCUACGACGUCCUCAAAAACUGGCCGGAACCGGACGUGCGCGUCAUCGUAGUGACCGACGGCGAGCGCAUCCUCGGCCUCGGCGAUCAAGGCGCCUGCGGCAUGGGAAUCCCCGUGGGGAAACUAUCGCUCUACGUGGCCCUAGCGGGCAUCAAACCCCACCAAUGUCUACCCAUCACCAUCGACGUGGGCACCAACAACGAGCGACACCUCGCCGAUCCGCUGUACAUCGGGCUGCGGCAGCGACGAGUAAGAGGCCAGCAGUACGACGAACUCAUCGACGAGUUCAUGGAGGCGGUGGUGAGGCGUUUCGGCCAAAACACCCUCAUACAAUUCGAGGAUUUCGGCAACCAGAACGCCUUCAGGCUGUUGGAGAAGUACCGGAACGAUUAUUGCACGUUCAACGACGAUAUACAAGGCACCGCCAGCGUGGCUGUAGCUGGAUUACUCGCCUCGUUGAGGAUCACCAAAACCAAACUAUCGGAUCACGUGAUGGUGUUCCAAGGAGCCGGCGAAGCUAAUUUAGGUAUAGCCGAAUUGUGCACGAUGGCGAUGAUGGCGGAGGGUAGUAGCUCGGAGGAGGCCAGGGGGAAGAUCUUCAUGGUGGAUUCCAAAGGAUAGGCCCGAAGGCGGGGUGACGGGGCACAAGUUGCACUACGCGCACCGGCGCGCCCCCAUCAAGACGCUGGCGGAGGUGGUGAAGACGGUGAAGCCGUCGAUUUUGAUCGGGGCCGCCGCCGUCGGGGGCGCUUUCACCGAGGAGAUACUGCGGGAGAUGGGCAGGAACAACGACAGGCCGGUGAUAUUCGCUUUGAGCAAUCCGACGGACAAGGCCGAGUGCACCGCCGAGCAGGCUUACGGGGCUACUGAUGGUAGGGCGAUCUUCGCCAGCGGCAGUCCCUUCGAUCCGGUGAUGUUGAAUGGUAAAAAACACGUGACCGGGCAGGGGAAUAACGCUUAUAUAUUCCCGGGGGUCGGUUUGGCGGCCAUUUGUGCUGGGAUUAAGAAUAUUGGCGAGGAUCAUUUCCUUAUGGCGGCCGAAGCCUUGGCUAAUCUCGUGUCCGAAGAAGACUUGGAAAGCGGAAGCAUUUACCCGCCUCUCGACCAAAUCGUGAACUGUUCGAUAAAAAUCGCGUCGAAAAUCGUGGAGUACAGUUAUAGGAAAGGAAACGCUUCAGUGAUGCCGGAGCCCCGCGACAAAGAAGCCUUCGUUAAAGAGCAAAUGUACAAUACGGAUUACACGUCCGCUUUCCCCGCGGAAUACUCCAUUCCUAAACUCUAA